AUGACUUCAGAAGUUUAUAUGCCAAGCCCUGUGUGCCUCAUUGAGAAUCUAAAUGGGAAGCUGGAGGCUAACCAGGAAGCUCUAGGGAUCCUGUCUAACAUCGAACAGCCUCUGGUAGUGGUAGCCAUUGUGGGCUUCUACCGCACAGGCAAAUCCUACUUGAUGAACAAGCUGGCUGGGAAGAAAUCAGGCUUCUCUCUGGGUUCCACAGUGCAGUCUCACACCAAGGGGAUCUGGAUGUGGUGUUUGCCUCAUCCCCAGAAGAAAGGCUCCACUCUAGUUCUGCUUGACACUGAGGGUCUGGGAGAUGUUGAGAAAGGUGACAACCAGAAUGACUGCUGGAUCUUUGCCCUGGCUAUACUUCUAAGCAGCACCUUUGUGUACAACAGUAUGGGAACCAUUAACCAGCAGGCCCUGGACCAGCUGCACUAUGUGACAGAGUUGACAGACAGAAUCAGAACAAGAUCCUCAUCUGACUAGGAUGAGGUGGAGGACUCAGAUGAGUUUGUGAGCUUCUUCCCGGACUUCGUGUGGACUCUGAGGGACUUCACUCUUGAGCUGAAAGUAAAUGAGCAUCCCAUCUCCCCAGAUGAAUACCUAGAAAAUUCCUUGAGGCCUCUAAGUGGUACUAGCCAAAGAAAAAAAGAAAAAGAAUUAAAUUUGCCUCGGCUCUGUAUCCAAAAGUUCUUCCCAAAGAAGAAAUGCUUUGUGUUUGAACGGCCAGUAGGUGGGAAACAGAUUAGCCACUUGGAAUCGCUGCAGGAUCAAGACCUAGAGUCAGACUUCGUUCAUCAAGUGGCAGAGUUCUGUUCCUAUGUGUUCAACUGUUCAAAGGUUAAAACGCUUUCAGGAGGCAUAAGUGUCAAUGGACCACGACUAGAGAGUUUGGUGAUAACCUAUGUCAAUGCCAUCAACAGUGGGAGUCAGCCCUGCAUAGAGAAUGCUGUCCUGGCUAUGUCCCAGACAGAAAAUGCAGCUGCAGUGCAAAAGGCCAUUGCCCACUAUGACCAGCAGAUGAGCCAGAAGUUGCAGCUGCCCACAGAGACCCUCCAGGAGCUGAUUGACACGCACAGGGCCAGUGAGAAAGAAGCAAUCAAGAUUUUCAUGAAAAUUUCCUUCAAAGACAUUAAUCAUGUGUUCCUAAUACAACUAGAGACCUAUUUAGAAACAAAGCUAGAGGAAUUCCUUAAGAAGAAUGUACAAGAAUCCUCAGAUCGCUGCUUAGCAUUGCUUCAAGAUAUUUUCAGCCCACUAGAAGAAGAUGUGACACAGGGAAUUUAUUCUAAACCAGGGGGAUAUCAUCUCUUUAUGCAAAAGAUACAUGAGUUGAAGAAAAUGUAUUAUGAAGAACCCAGGAAGGGGAUUCAGGCUGAAAAAGUUCUGCAGAAAUUUUUGCAGUCAAAGGAAGAACUGAGUGAUCCAGUUCUACAGACAGACCAGACUCUGACAGAAAAAGAAAAGGAGAUUGAAGUGGAACAUGUGAGAGCUGAAGCUGCAGCAGAAAUGCAGAAGGAAAUGCAACAGAAGUAUGAACUGUUGCUGCAACAGCAAGAGAAUAGUCAUGAGGAGCACAUGAAACAGCUGACUGAGAAGAUGGAGAAGGACCAGGCUGAGACUAGAGAAAUGCAACAUAAUUAUGAACAGUUGCUGCAAGAGAAAGAGAAGAGUCACCAGGAGCACAUGAAACAGCUGACUGAGAUAUUGCAGAAGGAACAGGCCCAGAACAAAGAAGUGCAAGAGAAGUAUGAACAGUUGUUGGAACAGAAAGAGAAGAGUCAUGAGAAGGAGUUGACAGAGCUGUUUGAGAAGAUGGAGGAGAAACAGGCUGAGACUAGAGAAAUGCAACAUAAUUAUGAACAGUUGCUGUAAGAGAAAGAGAAGAGUCAUCAAGAGCACAUGAAACAGCUGACUGAGAUAUUGCAGAAGGAACAGGCCCAGAACAAAGAAGUGCGAGAGAAGUAUGAACAGUUGUUGGAACAGAAAGAGAAGAGUCAUGAGAAGGAGCUGAAAGAUCUGACUGAGA